AUGCCACUGUCAACCAAGACAUCUUGGGGCUGCUUGCCCUCAGAGAUCAGGCUUAUCAUCCUUGAAGUCUUACUACAAGACGGUUGUAGCUUGGCCAGGCUCGCUACAGUAUCACGAGAGUGGCAGGCGAUUAUCGAGCGGCACAACUUCGCCCGAAUCAAGCUAACGCCGUCACGCCUUGCUAAUUUUAACUCCAUGAUUCAUCGGAACCAAGCUCUUGUAAGCUAUAUAUGGCUUAGUUUGGAGCUUCAAGAAUAUGACUGCACUCGGUGUGCGCCUAACGAUCUGGAAGAAUGGGGCGAUAGCAACACAGACAAUAUCCUGAUUGUCACAGCAAUCCAGGAUCUAUUUUCAAGUCUGAGCUCAUGGAAGCCAUAUGGCAGCCUUGUGCUUGAUAUCAGCGUUUAUUCACCUAGUGACUCGAAACAUUGGUUUAAAUAUCUGACCUUUGGGCCGGAUAUUUCUUCUGGCGAGCUCAAACAGGACCGACACAUACAGAAGCCUAUUCUGUCCGAAUUUGACGAUACCAAGCACGGUUGGAUUGCUGGCAGUCAAGAAUCACACCCGUCUGCCAUGGCUAUGGAAAGGGUUUUCGAUGAAAUUAUGGGCGAGGGGCCGUUUGAUGAUGACGAACAGGAAAACCAAUGGUGGCUACAACUACCUUUGGUUCCUGUAGUAACUGGUGUGCUUCUACGACAACAGAGCCGCCGGCGAUGGAAGCCAAAAGCACUAUCACACAUGUUUUCCCGUUUUUCUAGACUCCAGGAGAUCCACUACGAGCCUUGGAUGGAAUGGGAUGAUGCUCAACAGAUGUGGACGGACGAAUCUUACCGAUCGCUUUUUAAACAGUUCUCUUCUUACAAGUUACGCAGACUUGUCGUGUUCGAGAAUUUCAAUCAACGGUACCGACAAAAUCGUCUUUAUUGCGCGCCUAUUCGAAUCCCGACCUUGGAUGUCAGUCAGACGCUUGCUAGUGCUACUCUUGAGAUUGAGCACCUCUCAGCAUCGUUCAUAGUAGACGCUGGCCAUUUCUUCUCUACUUGCAAACCUUCUUGGGGGUGGCCUAAUCUGAUUUCGCUUACUCUAACCUCACAGCUGCUUACGCCUGAUGAGAGCACUAUCGAGAUCAAUGACAUGCUUCAAGGAGCGGCAAUAGUGGCUAUGAGAAUGCCAAAUCUUCAAACAAUGGAGAUAUGGAACGGACGAAAGGGAUUGGCAGCACUCUUCAAAUACCAGUCAAUCAGUUAUGGUGGUUAUGGGCAGCGUGCCGAGAUAACCUGGAGAGGAACGUGGGGUUGUGCCUUGAACCCUUCUGUGAUCCGGGCUUGGGAAGCAGAGUUCCUGGAUGUUGGUGUUGUUAAAUCUCAUGGAGAUGCCGUUUAUUAUUUGAAUCUCUCAAACACAGUAAUUCGCCCCCUCUCAUUACAGCAAAUUCGGAUGGAGAACAGGAUUGUUGAGGGGGCGCAUGACUGGUAG